AUGCGAUUAUCCGUCCAGGGGCUCGCCUUAGCUGCCCUCUUCCCACUUGAACUAUGGGCCCACGUAACGACAGGAAGAGAGCGACAAGGAGUCAUCGGAUACGGCAUUACCAUGUACGAUCCUCCCUGCGCGUACGGAUGCAUCGACACGGUUAAGUCAUGGCCUCUCCAAUGUGGUGGCGAUCACGGAAUGGACCAUGACAUGAGCUCAAUGCACAUGGCAGCUGCGACGCCUGAGUGCAAAGCCACCAAUGAUGCCUUCCUCACAACCCUGGCGUGGUGUUUUCACACCCAUUGUCCAGACACCAAGAACUCAACACUCGAGAGUGUUUGGGAAAUGGAUAUUGUGGGAAGAAUGAAGGUCCAGCCUUCUCCCAAGUACUCGUAUCAGGUCGCGCUGGCUCUUGCUUAUGAGUCGCCUCCAACUGAGAUUGUCAAUUCAGAAGCGGUGCUCAACAAGACUUCUCUGGUCGAUGAGGCAGCUUGGAAAAGUAACUUCAACGCUGAUUACAUCUUUGAGAAGAUGGAGGCGGUGACCGAGAAAUAUGGUAUCAUUCUAAUGGUAAUUUGUGUCGCUAUCCCCAUCAUUUUCUCCUGGAUCGAAUGCCUCCCACUUCCACAGUCCGCCGUCUCCAAGUUCUAUGCUACAUUCAUCGACCCUCCCCUCUUCGGAAGCUACCACUCCAUCCCAGUUCUAGGUCUAGGCUUCGUUCCCACGCGCGGACAAGCAAUCUUUAUCGCAUUCAUAUGGGUCAUCAAUAUCAUUCUUUGCGCCGUUGGAUACGAACUCAAAGACCCAAUGUCAUGGUACAAUUCCUUGGACCAGCAACUGGUUUCUUACAUCAGUAACCGUGUUGGGCUCUUGAGCUUUGUGAAUCUAGCCCUCGCUGUCCUCUUCUCUAGCCGGAACAACGUACUUCUUUGGGUCACCAACUGGUCUUACUCAACUUAUGUCCUUGUUCAUCGGUGGGUCGCUGUCAUUUGCAUGUUGCAGGCAUGUCUGCACUCAGCUAUCUACUUGCAGGUUUACCUUGACCCUGCUGCAAUGGGCGAAGGCGCGCAUGACAAGGAAGCGAAGGAGGAUUAUUGGAUCUGGGGCAUAGUUGCUACCCUGUCUCUGGUCCUGCUGAUACCAUUCUCCAUACUCCCGCUUCGCCAAAAGCUCUAUGAGGCUUUCUUGGCUUCUCACGUUGUGCUUGCCCUUUUGUCUAUGAUUGGGUGCAUGUUGCACAUUUUCUACCGAUAUGAGUGGCAGUGGGGAUACCAGACAUGGGUUUGGAUUGCCUUUGCCUUUUGGAUUUUCGAUCGCUUCCUAGCUAGGCCCCUCCGGGUGAUGCGAAACGGUGUCAAGCGAGCACAUAUUACUUUGAUUGACGAUGACUAUCUAAGAAUCAUGAUUCCCAAAGCAGAGGGAGAUGGUCAUGUCUACGUUUACUUUCCUUCCCUUACCUGGCGUAUCUGGGAGAACCACCCCUUCUCAGUGGCAGGUAUCUCUUCCAGACCUUACCCGCCCCAUCGAGCAGAGUUGGCUCAUUAUAGCGACAACGGCAAGGAAGCUAAGAAUGACUCAACAGUUACGGACUUGGAGCUACAUACAAGGGACGCUGAGGUCUCGGGCCUUGUUAUAUUCGUUCGUCGUCAUGGCGGAUUGACAUCUCUCCUGGCAUCAGCUUCAAACUUGAAUCGUGGUAUUCCCGUUCUGGUUGAGGGUUCAUACGGACCUCAAGCAUCCAUCGUUCCGCACUCACCGACCAUCGAGCAUCCGAACAUUAUCUGUGUUGCAGGUGGAGUUGGUAUCACUGGAGUGCUGCCAUACGUCGAUAGUCGACCCAGUAUGACAGGGUUGAAAGGCAAAAAGAAGCUAUUCUGGGGUGUUAGGACUGAGCCGCUGGUAGAGGCAGUUCGAUCUGUUAUUCCCAGAGUCACGAAUGAUACGAACAGCCAGGAGCUUUGGAAUGACUUCGGGGUAGCUAUUUCUGUUGACAAGCGUUUCGACGUCGAUUCUGCCCUCAAAGAGGAACUGGAUGGCGUUACUGGGGGUACUAUAGUAGUUGUUUGCGGCCCAGCGGGAAUGGCUGACGAUGUUAGGGUUGCUGUUACGAAGUUAGGGCAACAGGGUUUGGUAGUGAAGCUGGUUGAGGAAAGCUUUGCUUGGUAG